UUGGAAGAGGAGAACGAUGGCGAGGAAGAUGAAACUGUGUCUGAAAGCGACCGGGAAAGUGAACAUAGUGAUCAUUGUACUGACACGGAGCAAUCAGCGGCAGAAUCUGACAAGGAUGAGCCAUCAACCUGUCGCGUAUCACCUGUGCCUACUCAGGAGUCAUUACGGCGUGGUCGUGGAGCUGGAGCCGCAGUAAUACAAAAUACGCAAUCUAUCACACGUAGGCUGCUCCUGUGCCUCAUAUCCUCGGCGUAUUCCCUCAGAACCUUUGAACCUCCUCCUCCUGAACCAUCAAUUCGAAGUUCCACCAACAUCACAGAGGGAUGGCUUCCUGUCAGACUCAAUCAUUUCGAUGCUUCCAACACAGAUACCUUCCAAAUGCGUUACUACUACAAUUCUCAAUUCUCUCGCGGUCCGUACAUCGUCAUCUACGUCGGAGGAGAGUGGACAAUAUCUCCAGGGUGGGUGAGGAGCGGACUCGCGUACGAACUGGCCGAGAGGAUAGGGGCUGGGCUGUUCUACACGGAGCAUAGAUACUACGGGUUGACAAGACCCACCAACGGAACUACUGUUGAAGAGUUGAGAUAUCUGAACGUGGACCAGGCCCUUGGAGACUUGGCUCAGUUCAUAGAAUACGUGAGGAGUGAUGACUUCGAGAACGGGAGGUUUAGGAACGCGAGAGUGGCUCUUGUCGGCUGUUCGUACGCGGGGUCAAUGGCCACGUGGAUGAAGCUGGCCUACCCUCACUUGGUGAGGGUGUCCAUGUCUGACAGCGGACCGCUACACGCACAAGAAGACUUCCCAGAGUACUUGGAAGUUAUAACGACGGCUCUCCGUGUCCAAGGCAGCCAACAGUGUGUUGAUGAUGUUGAAAGUGCGAUGAAGAGGAUUAAUGAACUGAUAGAAACAGAAGCUGGGCUUGAUACCGUGUCCACACUGUUUAAUACGUGCUCCCGUCUCCGCCGCUCUCCUCUGGACCUCUCGACCUUCUUCUGGUUCGGCAUCACGGAGACCUUCGCCUACCUGGUUCAGUACGCCACUCCUGGGGACAUACCACGAGCCUGUGACCACAUCACCAAUAAAACAUUAGGUGAUCCUAUCGACCGUCUUUCAUCCUGGCUGACCUCUCAACCUUACACUCAACCCUGUAUCGAGUCAAGAUACUCUGAGAAGGUUGCUUCACACACCAACACCAGCUACGACUCCCCAGACGCCACAAUGCGUCUGUGGACUUAUCAGACGUGUACCGAGUACGGCUGGUAUCAAACCACCACCAGCUCCAGGCAGCCGUUCCUCAACACGGUCCCGCUGGAAUACUUCCAUCAGAUGUGCAAGGACUUCUUUAACGACAGUAUCGACGAGAGUCUUCUUCGUUCAGCCAUCGUGAGAACCAACCGUCUGUUCGCCGGUCUGAAGCAUCUUCCUGAUGACGUGGUGUCAGUGGGGGGCGGACACGACCCCUGGUCUCCUAUGGGGCCUAACAAGACCCACGAGACUCAUUUAGCCCCUGUAUACAUCGUGGAUGGGGUGUCACACUGUAGAGCUAUCAGACCUACCGGCAGCAGUGAGUCGGAUCAUCUCGAGCGAACCAAACAGUCGUCUCUGUUAUUCAUGGAGCAGCUCAUGACGGACGUCAGGUCUGCAAGCGGACACACGCUCGGCUCACGACUACUUGUACUCACUCUUGUUGUAUUCUAUACAAUGUUUUAA